CCCUUCUCCCCGACACACACGCCCCGAAUCCCGAGAAGAUUGUGAGGCGUUCCCUCCCUGAAGAAGAAGCUGAAGGAGGGUCGCAGCAGUACGUAGCAGCUUGUGAAGUAAUAAUUAGUGGUUUACAUGGCAUAAGGAAUACGAAUGACUAUAACAAAAUUGUGCCUUAUAAGGAAAGAAGACUGUCACAUCGUCACCUAAACACAAACACGUCUUUAAUGAGAUGCAGGUGAAAACCAGCUGGUUUUCUUUUGACGACACGUAAACAAGACUUGCCAUAUCACGGUGCGGAGUUAACCAAGUGAGCUGAGUGAGUGAAAAUAAGAGAGACAAGUGAGUCAGUUCAUAAAGGAGUGCUUCUCUAUCAUAUAUUGGUUAUCUGUCGGACAAUCUCGCACGGGUAGCCCAUAUAACACACACACACACACACACACUGGCCUCUGGUGGGAGCAGUAAAGUCUCGUGGACCACUAUGCAAUACGAGAAGGUAGACCAGGCAGCAAAAUUAAUCACAUUUAGAAUAGAUAUGUUCACAGACAAACUGGAACCUCAGUCGUGAGAAGAUCCCAUACAAGACGGAACAGCAGCAGCACAAAAAAAGUCAAGGUUCAAAAGUCAGACUAAUUAAGAUAGCGGGCUUAUCAUAGGGUCUUAAAGUGAUGGAGGAGUUGCCAUAGAUAUCUGCCACUCCACUGGUUACUGGGAUAAGGUGUGAGAGUCAGCUGUUGGUCUGCAGGAGAGGAGCAUCAUGGGGCAGAUGAAGCGUUACUUCAAGCGCCUGGUGGUGUUCCCUGCCAUCAUCAUCACCUUCCAGUGCCUCUACCUCCUGAGGAAGGCAGUGGAAGUUGUGGCGAGUGUCCUGCGGCCAGUGAGGCACCCAGCGGUGGUCAGGACGCCAGAGGAGUGUUUUAAGGGAUUGGAAGCCUUGGGGUACUCCUUCAGACCAAACUAUGUGGAGCUGCCAGUCGGGGGAGGGAAGAUGCUGCCCAGGGUGCACUACAUUGAUGAAGGGCCAAGAGAUGCCAGCGAGACCAUCCUUUGUCUGCAUGGGGAGCCCAGCUGGUCCUUCCUGUACCGUCACAUGGUGCCGGGCCUGGUCAGGGCCGGCUACCGUGUGGUGGUGCCAGACUUCAUAGGGUUUGGCAAGUCUGACAAGUUCACUCACCCUGAGAGCUACAGCCAUGAGUUGCACUGCAUGACCCUGCGGCUGCUGCUGGACCACCUGAGGCUGCGAGACAUCACACUGGUCUGCCAGGACUGGGGGGGCCUCACAGGGCUCCCUGUGGUCAGGGACUGCUCACACCUGUUCUCCCGCUUGGUCAUCAUGAACACUGGCCUGCCUGUGGGGACCAGCAGGUCUGAGAAGCUCAUGCAGGCAAUACCAUUCCUGGUGUGGCGCACCUUCUGCCAGAUGGUGGGCACCGCACUGCCAGUGGGGCGGCUCUUCAACAUGGCCCUGGUCAACCCCAAGCCUGAAGUGGUGAAGGGGUAUGAAGCGCCCUUCCCCUCAUCCCUCCACAAGGCUGGGGCAGCUCAGUGGCCCCUGCUGGUGCCCCUCACUGCCAACACACCUGUUGCUGCAGACAUGCAGGCCACCAGGGACUUCCUGGCCAAAGUGUGGAAGCGGCCAGCACUGGUGAUGUUCUCUGAUGGGGACCCCAUCACCCGGGGCCAGGAGAAGGUCUUCCUUCGCCUGAUGCCUCACGCCUGCACCAAGACUGUCUGUGGUGCAAAACAUUUCCUGCAGGAGGACAAAGGGGAGGAGCUCACAGCACACAUUGUCAGCUUCAUUGGGGACAAGCUGUAGGCUGCAUUGGUGGCGGUGUGUGUGGAAACCGUCCUGGCCCAGCACUCUCACUCUGCCUCUCUAUCCUGUGUAUCCAUAUCUAUGCAACAAAUGUUCCCAUCCUCAUCUUAUGCUGAAAAUGUUGUGAUGAAUUACAUUGGGAUUCAUUUAUGGAUGGACAGCUUCAGUUUUCAUAUUAUGAAGAUCAAAUUGAUAAAUGAAUAGAUAUGACAACCACAGUAUUAAUCAAUUGCUCAGAUCUUCCAAUCACAUAAGGAAUACUUUCUUAAUCAGUCAGUUUUUAUCAGCACUUGAUUGCCUUGUAAGCCUAAUAUUGUAUUAUCAUAAUUAGGGAAGAAAAAUGAGAAAAAAACUUCUCUUACAUUGACCACAGUAGGUAACAAGAAACCACAUCCUUAGUAUUCUCCAUAAAAGCAAAAAUAAAUAAAUGAAUAAAAAGUAGAUAAAUAAAUAAAUAGAAAAUAAAUGAAAAUGAUAAAUUAAUGAAUAAGUAUAUGUGUUUGUAAUCUUCUUCCUUGAUAUGUUGACCAUUGAGAACAGGAACACAAGGAUGAAUCUAAACUAUCAUAGGGAGCACACAGGAAAGAACAAACACCAAGGGAAAUGCAAGACACUAGCCCUUAUCUUCAUGAACAACUCACUAGUCACUGUAAGCACCAUGUAAUUUAUAGUAUGUAAACAAAUGUCUGUGUGUCAGGUACUGGUAGCUGAACAGUGUCUCGCUGCAGAAAGAUUAAUGCAUAGGUGGGUGAUACUCAAGUCCCUCUGCUCUGUUCCUUUCAGUUGUCUUUCAUGAUGUACAGGAGAGGUGCUGACUGUUCUUCCAAACUGGCUGAGUGUCUCUCUUUACUGCAGGGAGAUAAUUCACCAGGAACUGUAUGUGAUCAACUGAGCUUGUGAAAUAGGUAAUGAAUUUUUUUGUCAAAGGUAGGUGUGAAGGGAAUGUUUAUUAGAAUACAUUGUUUGUUACACAUGAAUGAAGAACUCGGAUGCUGCCUUGUGUAGAUCAAGUGGGUGUGUGCAGCUUCUUUAUUUUCUUAGAAGAAUUACUAUAGCAAUAUAGUUGCCAUAUACUAAGCUGAGGUACAAGCCAUGUCUCCUGCCUCUUCUUUUCAGCCUGGGAUCUUAUUAAUGCACUCACAUUUGCUGUGAAAGGAGGGAGUGUAUUAUUCUGUAACAUCAUGACAGCAAUUAAAAGAGACAAGUGUU